CACCCCUUUCUCUCUCUCUCUCUCUCUCGGAGACACCCCAAAGUUUCAGAACCACCAAAACUCCAAUUUCCCAAAACAAACGCAACUCAAAUUUCUCUCUCCUUCUCCAUUCUAGGGUUUCCCAAUUCGGCUCAAUUCGCCGUUCCCGGAGCCACAUUCCGAGCUUCGGUACUUCACGGGCAUUGCUCCGACCUCUCCGAUUGUCGCCGCUCGCGGAUUUGGAUGCUCCGCUUAGGGUGCGGACUGAGGAUUUGUGCAUGGAUUAGUUCGGCAGUGGUGGGAGAUAGUAUUGUUGACUGGUAGGAUAGGAAUCGAUGGUUUGCUCGGUUGGGAGUGGGAGGAUGGCGGUGUUGGCAAGGCUUCUUGCGGGUGGGAGUGUGUCACAAGGACUUGCAGAGGAAGUUCCUCAUCAGAAAUCCGCGGCUCAUUUGAUUUACAGGGAGUUGAUUGAGGCAAACGAUGCAAAUCUGCUUGACGAAGAAGCUUUUCAGAGCUUGUAGUUUCAUACACUCUUGAUGACUUCCAUUUGGGUCUGCAGAUAUGCACGUGUUUGAUUUGGAGCCGAUGACUGAUACUUUGCUUUUGGUAUGUUGCAAUGCUUGUAAAAAGCCAGUCAAGGCUAGCCAAUAUGCUGCCCAUUCAGUACUUUGCAGGUCAUUGAAUUCUGCACAGGAAAGUAAUCUGGAGCUUGAUGGUAUUGGGCAAAGAAAGCCUCCAAGGAAGGAGAGGAAAAAGUUAUCAAUUGCAUAUGCCCACCAGUCCACAUCAGUUAGAGAGCUGCAAACGUCUGAAUCUGCAGAUUAUGUCGCUGUGUCUCAACCUCAGUUGGAUGGGAAAAUAGGAAUGAAUUCUUCUUGCGGUGUGGGCGCAAAAGGGAAUUCAGCAUUUGUUAAUACGACCCAUAUGAUGGAUGGUUCAGGUGUUAGCCCUGAAAAUACCAAUUACUCAACAAGUCUGCUGCAUCCUCCAACAAAACGGUUUAAAAUGAUGGCAGGUGAGCAGCCACUACUGUCAGAUGAUCUGGGAACAACAUCUGUCGUAUCAGAACUCAGAAGUACUCAGGAAGCAUGUCCAUACUGUCCUGCUCCGCUUGCUACAAAAGUAUAUUACUCACAAAGAAGUAAUCGACUCCGGACAGCACUUUGUCAUAUUUACUCUGAGGCAGUGACAUCAAAUAAGGAGCCUUGCAAUGUAAUGAGGGAUGCACAGUCUUUUCCUUCUAUACAAACACCUGAUCAAAUUCUCGCACAGCCUAUAAAAGCUUGCUUGGAGAAACCAAUAGAUUCCAUGCCUGCUGGUGACCUCUCAAAUCAAUUUCCCGUUGAUAAUGUUUCAAGGCCUCAGGCUGCAGGUGUAGGUUUGACAAGAAGCAAACUUAUUUCCAAACCUUAUUCUUUUAGCUCAGGACAGUCGCUGGGAACCAUGCAACAACGAAAUGGCAGAGUUCCUGUUGUAUAGGAGUCAUGAAGGUGUUAACUAACCAAAUAUGUGAGUUUAGAAUUUAGGAUUCUUUUUUGAUAUUGACUGAGAAAAUCAUUGAAAUCCAUUCUAGGAAUCUGCAUUAUUGUCAGUCCACACCUAUGUUUAGUUACAAAUCGCUGUCAGAAGAUUUCUAAAUCUAGCUUUCUGUAUAUAUAAAAUUUAUUUGUUCCAUGCG